CAUUUGCGGUGAAAGCUCCAAACAAUUGAAGAGUUUGCUUUCGAACUACAUUUCCCAUUAUGCACUAGGUGCUACCGCGCAAGCGCAGAUGGGUUUAUUUAGUACACAGACAUCCGGAAGCUCCACUCUGGGAUUGACCGAACGGGAUAGUACUUGGUGUGAUGGAGAGGUGAUGUGCCAGUCAGAGGAGUGAUAAGGCCAGAGCAGCAAUGACUGAGUGCUUCCUGCCCCCCAGCAGCAGCCCUGCAGAGCAGCGCAGGGCUGAGCACCCAGGGGGUGUGGCCCGCACCCCCAGCUCUGAGGAGAUCAGUCCCACCAAGUUCCCCGGCUUGUACCGCACCGGGGAACCAUCGCCGCCUCAUGAUGGCCAUCACCACCAUGAGGCACCUGACGCCUACGUUUCAGACGAUGACAAAGAGCACAACAAGAAGAAGAACAAGUUCAAGAAGAAGGAGAAAAGGACGGAAGGCUACGCCGCCUUCCAGGAAGACAGUUCAGCAGACGAAGCCGAGAGCCCGUCAAAGAUGAAGCGCUCCAAGGGAAUCCAUGUGUUCAAGAAGCCCAGCUUCUCCAAGAAGAAGGAAAAGGACUUCAAGGUGAAGGAGAAGGGCCCCAAGGAAGACAAGGGCAAGGAUAAGAAAUCUAAGGACCUGACGGCUGCAGAUGUGGUUAAACAAUGGAAGGAGAAGAAGAAGAAGAAGAAACCGACAACAGAGGCAGAGCCAGUCCCAGUGGAGACCCCCGCCUUCAGGCCCAUCUUUGGAGCACCUCUGGCUGAAGCUGUCAAGAGGACAGCUCUGUAUGAUGGUAUCCAGCUGCCAGCCGUCUUCAGAGAAUGUGUGGACUACAUCGAAAAUUAUGGCAUGAAGUGUGAAGGCAUCUACCGGGUCUCAGGUAUGAAGUCCAAGGUGGAUGAAUUGAAAGCAGCAUAUGACCGUGAGGAGUGCCCCUGCCUGGAGGAGUAUGACCCCCACACGGUUGCCAGCCUACUGAAGCAGUACUUACGUGAGCUGCCAGAGAACCUGUUGGGCCGGGAUCUGGCCCAGCGCUUCGAGGAUGCCUGCGGUCGGCAGGUGGAGGCCGAGAAGGUGACAGAGUUCCAGAGGCUGCUGGCCGAGGUGUCGCCAGACAGCAGACUCGUUCUCUCCUGGCUCAUCACGCACAUGGACCACGUCAUCGUCAGAGAGGCGGAGACCAAGAUGAAUAUUCAGAAUAUCUCCAUCGUCCUCAACCCAACCAUACAGAUUGGAAACCGUGUUCUUUACAUGUUCUUCACACACGUGAGGGAGCUGUUUGGAGACGUGGUCCUGAAGCCGGUGGUGCGGCCCCUCCGCUGGUCCAACAUGGCAACGAUGCCGGCGCUGCCUGAGACCCAGGAAAGCAUCAAAGAGGAGAUCCGACGACAGGAGUUCCUGCUGAACUGCCUGCACAGGGACCUGCAGGCUGGGGUGAAGGACUUAUCUAAAGAGGAGCGACUCUGGGAGGUUCAGAGAAUCCUGACCGCUCUAAAACGCAAACUGAGGGAGGCCAAACGUCAGGAGUGUGAGAGUAAGAUAGCCCAGGAGAUAGCAAGCCUCUCAAAGGAAGAUGUUUCAAAAGAGGAAAUGACUGAGAAUGAAGAGGAAGUCAUCAACCUCCUCUUAGCACAGGUGAGUCAUUCAAACACACAAACAUACGUGUUUAUAAAGAAUGAAAUGCUCUCUACUCAUGUUUCACUCUUACUAAGCUCCAUGUAUGCCAACUUGAGAUGCAAUAAUUUUGUGUUUUCCCCACAUUGUCUCAAUAAUCAGGAAAAUGAGAUCCUAACAGAGCAGGAGGAGCUGAUCUCUCUUGAGCAGGUGCUUCGUAGACAGAUUGCUACUGAGAAGGAAGAAAUCGAGAGACUGCGAGCAGAGAUUGCAGACAUACAGAGUCGGCAGCAGGGUCGCAGUGAGACAGAGGAAUAUUCUUCAGACAGUGAAAGUGAGAGUGAAGAUGAGGAAGAGCUGCAGAUGAUUCUUGAAGACCUGCAGAAGCAAAACGAGGAACUGGAGAACAAAAACACCCACCUGAACCAGGCCAUCCAUGAGGAGCAGGAAGCCAUCUUGGAGCUCCGUGUCCAGCUUCGCCUCCUGCAGAGCCACAAACUGCAGCAGGAACAGACCGUCCAGCCGCCGGCCGAGCAGGCCCCGCCCACGCAGCCGAGCCCGGAGCCCCGCAGCGAGGAGCCAAACAAACGCUCCAUUGCCGCGGUGGCUGCCGGUGCAGACACCGCCGCCUCGGCCAAUGGCAAGGCAGCUAAGGAUCCUUCAAAGCCCUCACCGAACAAAGACAGGAGAGACACCAACAUGUGAGAUGUCAUCUCAGUGAUGUAUUUGGUGGCUCUGCGCCGCUGUACGUCUCUACCGCUGCUCAGUUGUCCUGUAGUGCCACUUGUUAUCCACUGGAGAUUUCACUUCGCUGGAUCCAUCAGUUCAUUAGUAAUUGUGUCCACCAAGUGACAGCCGUGGAAAAAUCUGUUAUACUGUCUUUUGCGUCCUGACUCUUUUUUAGCAGAAAUCAAAUAACCUUGUUUCCCAUUUUCCCAUGCAAAACACAAACACAAAAAACACACAGCUGCUGUGAGAGACAAGGUGGACCAUAUUAGCAAAUUAACAGUGCCAAGCCAGUAUGAAGGAAGAAGCGGGGGAAAGGAGAAAUGAAUGGAUUUAUAAAGUAAGGGGGUGGAGGAGAGAGUAAGAGGUAGGCGCCUUGACGGUGUAUGACAUAAAGUUUAUUGGUAAGGGCUAAAGAAAUGAACAUAGACCAGAUAUAAUCUCAGUCCCCGUAUCUCACUAUGUCCUUUACCUAGAUGCAAAUUUGACAUGUUAGGAUAGAGACCACUGUGCCAUAACUGAAGAUGCCGGACUGGACACGUUUCCCCAGAGAACCACUAAUACAAAAGCUCUUUGAAUAAUGAAGAAUUUAUGAUUGGUCUAUCUAUAUAUUAUAUAUUUAAGUAGUAUUCUGAAGAAUACGGAUGACUAUUCAAGAAAUACAUUGAUUUUAAAUUACAGCUUUUUAGUAAUAUAUGAAUACAUGUAUAAAUAUAUUGUAGAUGCUUUCUUUUCUUUGAACAGCAGAUGCACAUAAACACAGUGGCGUUGUGCCUCGCAACUGACCAGUGGAUGAAAACAUGAACGUACAACAAAUGCGCAACAAAAAGAAUAUUCAUCACUGCAAAAUGUAGACAAACAGCUGGAGGCAGCGUUGUUACAGUCGCUCUGUGAAACAACACUCUGCUCUGUAGUGCAAUCAUCUUCUCGGUUAUCUCUGCCUCUCUUGCACAAACGUGGAAAAUGACAUUUCUCCAGUUUUAAGAUGGAAUAACAUCUGUAGUGAUGAUUAUUGUCGCCAAAAUGUGUGCAGAGACUGCAGAGAGGCUUGUUUAGUUUUGUUGUGUAUUUGAUUUUUUUUUUAACUCCUGAUGUGUGGAGUUUGUAUUCAUGGCAUCAGUUGAAAGUGAUUAAAAAAAAAAAAAAAAAAAAGAGGCAAGAUUACAAGUCAAUCAUUUCAUUUCACAACUGAUCCGUGACUAUUGCAAAGUACUGUCAUUGUUCAGUGAAGCAAAGGCCUGACUUACUUACCGUUUGUGUAUAUUAUUGUAAAAUUGCAAACAUACUGUAUUUUCAGCUCUUAUGUUUUGUCAUAUGUUCUGUUUUUUAUUAUUAUUAAUGACCUGUACGGAGUAUGCUAGCGUGACUGCCGCUUUGGUCACGGGCAAAUCGAAGCAAUCUCAUCUGGACUCAUGAUUCAACUUGUUAUUAAUCCUGUGAAACAGAUAAAUGCUAGAUUGGGCUCAGAAGCUUCUCAUAAGGUUAUUUUCAUAUUGUUCCAAGCUUUUGUAGCUUAUUGUUGCAGACAGAAUGAUGCUGUGAAGAAUAAAGUGUCGAUCCGAAUAAUUUA